AUGUAUGAAGGAGAACCGGAAGACUUCGGUCGCCGAGCAAUGGGAAGAGCAACUUAUCUCAUGCAUAAUGUAAUGUUACAGAGUCCACCCAACCCAAACAAUCAACGUGUGUUUAAGCUGCGUAAUGGAAGACGCAGAGUUGCUGCGGGCCCGUUUGUGAAUCUCGCCGAGGUCGAUGUGUUCGUGGAUUUGGGCGUGGAUUCGAUUCGAGUUUGGAACGCGGGCCUUGAGCAGAAUAAUGUUUCCUCAAUUCCAGAUUUCGUUAUGACGAAAAGGCCA